AUGACGCCCUCCAAGUCCUUGAUCCUUCUAUUUCUUGCGGCUCUAGCUUCUGUUACUGUCGGUUUUUCUCCGAGGCUGACAGCUCGACGCCCCGCUAUGAAGCUGGAGGCGGUCAGUAAAGCGCAAUUAGAACGCAAGAUUGCAUCGGCGACGGCCGCCGUAAUGACGGUGGGCAUCCCGUUGAUUGUCCGUGCGGUCGAAGAUGACUAUGAAUACGGUGCUGUAGACGCUCCAAUUGGAUUGGCUGUUGGUGCUGGUGUUCUUGCGAUAUUGACCGCUGCUAUCCCGGUACUUCUCGCACCAGGUGAGGAAGCGCUGGAAGAGAUGCGCAAGAAUGAAGGCAACCGCUUCGGAACGGGCGAAUCUUUGCUCAACAAGAAGAAAAAGUAAAUUCCUUUUUCGGUGUUUGAGUCCUUUGCUGUAAGCUAACAGUAAACUAUUCGUUUGCUAUCCAUACUUCCACAACAAUCGCUGCAUUUAUGUUGGGCUUCGUUUUCGGAAGAAGCCCUAACCCUAGGAAAUAAACCAACGCUCACUGACUGUGAACCCGGACUUUACGAAAAUCCGACACAUCAAGGGUCAUUGCAUUCCAUUUUGUCUCAAAAAAGACCGCCAAUGAUGUCUUUCCCCCAUCCAUUUCGAUAGCGAUGGCGUGAUAGGUGCACAGAGAAACAAAAAUCCACCCUUUGUUACUUUGGGAGCCGUAAAUCCAAGACGUCUCCGUACCGGAUUUAGAUUUCUCCAUGAUGAGUAUUGGGUGUGUUGUGCUUCUUACUAUUGCUGUACUGGGUCAUUCGCAGUUGGGUACUGCCUCCAAUAUGCCCGUGCCAAGCUGGGUGUCGUCCCAUUCGGUUCCCGAAAACUACAUUCUGCAGAACGCCGCCACUCAAAGAGCCCUUCAGGUAGCCAGUGAUAUUCAAAAGCGGGCUCGUGAACUGCAGCAAGAUCCAGACCGAGUUUGCACCGACUAUGAAGCUGCAUCAAACGGCCGUUUGUCUUGUUCGUGUCAACGUUACGACCGCCGCGACACCGAGAUUUCCUGUGAUUUUAACGAAGAGACUUGUACUGCUGACAAUUCGACGUGUUACAAGCAAAGUGUACUUAUCCUUGUCGACCGAGACGCCCUCUCGUACAGUACCAAAUCUUGUACGAGCUUUUCGACAAUGGAGGACCCGCUGGAUACUUGUAUUACAGUCCGAACUGACACUCCUGGCCAGUACAAAAACGGCACGUUAACGUGUGACGUGACUAUGAAUUCCGAAGCUUGCAGUUCGUGCAGUCCCUGCGAAGCAGGAGAAAACAUUACGAUUUCUUGGGAAUGCUGCAAUGUCAAGGCGGACAUGAAACAAACAUGCGGCUGGGUCGGUACUCAAGGAGCGACUGUACCACAAUUCGACGCUGUUCUUCCUGAAGAAGCUGGCAAAUGCUCCAGUUCUAACUCCAAUAUUCCUAUCUACGCAAACUUCCUGACCAUCGUUUUCAUUGUGACCAUGCUACUAUAG